AUGCGCAACUUUAUUUUUACCAAAGCUCAAUUACUCUCCUUACGCAGUCUUGGGCCCUCCUUCAUUAACAUUCGUAUAUUCCCCAAACUAUCCUUUAGAACCCUUCAACAGCCUCGCCAUCAUGGCGGCCACCAAGUUUUAGAUCCCAUUGUCCGACAAGAAGCUCUCCAAUGGCGCUGGAUUUGCCCCCUCAUUUUGGUCGCCUGUCAUUCACCACUAUUACCGACAUACACCACUCCAAGUACUUCAGCCCUUCAAUACACCUUGCAACAGUAUUUCAACUCUACCACUUUCUCUGAUUACUUUUACUACUUACUCUUUCCCGCCGCUGGGCAAGCCAUCUGGCUCCAACAUCGACCCAGCCCAACCCAAGCUUUCCUUAACACACUCACCAACGUCAUUACCGCCAUGGAUCGAAUACCUUGCUCUUUCACAACCUGUCACUUAGAUUCCCAUACACGUCUAUCCUUACCUUUCCUUGAAAUUAUCUUGUAUACCCUCCCUUCUACUCAUCCCCAUUUCUCUUCUUUCACAGCUCCAGAUCACCUGUUUAACCGACAUCCCGGUGUCCAGGAACUGCUUGCAAUAAUAGAUGUGCUCACAUACGACGCUGUUGACUUACAGGUGAUCCGUGUUGGAAAGUGGUCUGUCUUCGAGCUUGCCUGCUACCUUCGAGCCUCUCGUCGCGUUGCGACUUCUCCCAUUAUUUGUCCCUUCAUUCGACGUCUACUCAAACCGGCUAUUCCUCCACCUCCACGAGUGCCGCUCAUAGUAUACAAUACCAUAAACACCUGGUUAUCACCAACAUCUCCAGCAUCAACGUUUGGCUACUCUCAUCAUCUCAAUAGUGCACCUUUUGGAAAUCAACCAUCCCCCUUCAAUCUUAUACUGUAUGAUAUUGCCUCAUACAUCGCAAAAUCUCAUCCAGAGCUACCCUCCAUCAUAUCAUUCCUACCAUUCACCCCUCCCCUGCAUGUCCACUAUGCUCUACCCAAUGCGAGGAGAAUCUUCAACACUUCUUCUUUACUUGCCCUCUGA